GAGUGCGCUGACCAGCUGAGUUUUAGAACGUGUUCCCCGUUCGGAGGGUAAACAGCUGAGUGUGAAUGGAAAGAUCGAAAAUUGUCUUUGAUUAAAAUAGAAAUGUGAAACAAUUGUAGUUUAUAAAAUAAGUGAAUUGAAGUGUAAAUAAUCAAAUUGUGUGGACUGCUCAUGCUUGCAAUCAGUUACUUAAUUGGCUAACUAAUAUUAAUCGGUGUUCAAGUGAUAAAUGAUAUUUGAGGAGCAUCUCUGUCACAAACAGCUGCUAGACAGCACCGUGGAAUAUUUUUAUAAUAAUAAAAACUAAUUUCAAUAGAAUCGGGUUGCUCGCGAGUACAAAUGCGAAUCUCUCUUUGUGUGCUAAAACAAAAACAGAAGUGAAAGUAAAAUACAUGAGUGACAAACUCUAUCUUUGAUCUUAAGUGUAAUUCUAUGUACUUAAAAACUAUAAAACAAAAACAAACAAAAUGCAAUCGUUAAAAGCCGAUGAGUUUCCAGAGAAUCCACGCGAGCGAAGCAAUCCGAUUUCGGAACUUAUGCUCUGCUUUGUCUUCCCAGUACUGUUGAAAGGUCGCAAGAAGACCCUGGAACAGCAAGAUUUAUACAAGCCACUUAAGGAACACAAAUCAGAAUCGCUCGGCGAUCGCUUGUGCACAGAAUGGGACAAGGAGGUGGCCAAAAGAACAGCGGAACAGAAACAACCGCGUCUGUUACGUGUUAUGAUGCGGGUAUUUGGUUGGUAUAUGUUUUGGACGGGACUGCUGCUGGGCUUCCGCGAGUUUGUCACAAAAUUCACCCAGCCUAUUUGUUUGUAUGGCAUCAUGAUAUACUUUUCCAACGAGGAUCCUGACCCUGUGAAAGCACGACUAUAUGCGGCGGGCCUCAUUGCAGCUUGUCUGCUCACUGUCGUCACUGGACAUCCAUAUCUACUGGGUCAAUUACAUCUGGGCAUGAAGAUGCGGGUGGCUCUUUGCAGUUUGAUGUACCGCAAAUCAUUGCGUUUGAGCCGAACAGCUCUGUCAGACACAUCCAUUGGACAAGUGGUGAAUCUCCUGUCCAACGAUGUGGGUCGCUUCGAUGGCAUCCUGCUCACUCUGCACUUCAUCUGGCUUGCUCCCUUGGAACUUACUGUGGUUACAUACUUUAUGUAUCAAAAGAUUGGUAUAGCCUGCCUCUUUGGCGUCGCAUUGAUGUUGCUCUUCCUUCCCCUGCAAGCGUACUUGGCAAAGAAGACAUCUGGUUUGCGUCUACUCACAGCGAUGCGCACAGACGAGCGCGUGCGAAUGAUGAACGAGAUUAUCUCGGGCAUCCAGGUUAUCAAAAUGUAUGCAUGGGAGAAACCAUUCGGCAAGCUGGUGGAACUUGCGCGUCGCAAGGAGAUGAACUGCAUUAAAAAAGUCAAUUAUAUUCGAGGCAUUCUCAUAGCCUUUGGCAUAUCUCUAUCCCGCAUGUUCACGUUUGUCAGUUUGGUGGGCUACGUGCUGCUUGGAAGCGUUUUAACUGCCGGCGAAGCCUUCUUCAUCACUGCCUAUUACAAUUUGCUGCAGCGUGCAGUUACCAACUUUUUUCCUAUGGGAAUAACUCAGUUUGCCGAACUGCUGGUGUCGAUUAAGCGUUUGGAAACCUUUAUGCUUCGUGAUGAGACUCAAGUGGGUCAAAUCUGUGGCAAACCAAAUGAGAUUGGAACAUCUUACGAUAAAGAACACGGUUCAAUAAUCACAUCUGCCAAUGGCGAUGUCUCAAAAUCCAACGACAAGGAUGACAUUCUUGUUGAUUUCAGCGACUUCCAAGCCAAGUGGGCCAGCAAGUCGACCGAAAACACUCUGGACAACAUCAACUUGCAAAUGAAACGUCGCCAACUGGUCGCUGUGGUCGGUCCAGUCGGUGCAGGCAAGUCAAGUCUAAUACAAUCCAUUCUCGGUGAACUGCCCGCUCAAAUGGGUAGCCUUAAAGUCAAUGGCUCCUUCUCGUUUGCCACCCAAGAGCCUUGGCUCUUCACGGGAACCGUGAGGGAGAACAUUCUCUUUGGGUUGACUCUGGAUAAACAUCGCUAUCGUACCGUGGUGAAAAAGUGUGCUCUGGAACGUGACUUUGAAUUACUACCUCAGGGAGAUAAAACGAUUGUUGGUGAGCGAGGAGCCUCACUCUCUGGAGGCCAAAAGGCCCGCAUCAGCUUAGCUAGAUCUGUCUAUCGUCGGGCAGAUAUUUACCUUUUGGAUGAUCCACUCAGCGCAGUGGACACCCACGUAGGACGACAGCUUUUUGACCAGUGCAUGAAAGGUUAUCUUCGAAACGAAUUAGUUAUUCUGGUCACACAUCAACUGCAGUUCCUGGAACAAGCCGAUCUCAUUGUCAUUAUGGAAAAGGGUAAAAUCAGUGCAAUGGGAACAUAUGAAGCAAUGCAACGCAGUGGCCUGGACUUUGCACAGCUUAUGUCAGAUCCGAAUGUUAAUGAGCACACGUUCGACGACAAGGAGAGUGAUGCUGGUGAUGCCAUGGACCAUCAUAGUAUAAACUCGCGCAAACGAUUUGUCAGUGGUAGUAGACAGACAUCGAGAACGGAUAGUUUCGUUUCAUUGAGCUCGAUGGCUGAUUCCAUUAUUCAAGAUGCACCAAUGACACCUCAAGAGACUCGAGUCGAGGGCAAGGUUGGAUUGGGACUUUAUAAGGAAUACUUUGCUGCCGGCAGCGGCUGGUUUUUAAUAAUGACUUUGAUACUCAUUUGCAUUGGUACUCAAGUCGUAAUAUCCUGUUCAGAUGUUUUCCUCUCAUAUUGGGUUGACAAGAACAAAGGUGUAUCAGAAAUGGACGAUCCCACUGAUAUAUAUUACUUUACUGCGCUUAAUGUAGCUUCAAUCCUAUUCUGUGUAAUGCGUCCACUUCUCUUCUAUACGAUGGCCAGAAGGAGCUCUACAAAUCUACACAAUUCCAUGUUCCAUGGCAUCACAAGAGCGGCUAUGUACUUCUUCAACACAAAUCCCUCAGGCCGGAUAUUAAAUCGUUUCUCAAAGGAUUUGGGUCAACUCGACGAAAUUUUGCCAACUAUCAUGCUGGAUGUAAUGCAAAUUUUUCUCACCUUGGCGGGCGUUCUUGUCGUCAUUUGUAUCACCAAUCCUUACUUUAUGAUUCUAACUGUGGUACUCGGAUUUGUCUUUUACCAAAUUCGAGAAUUCUACUUGAAGACAUCAAGAGACGUUAAACGUCUAGAGGCGGUAUCCCGAUCUCCAAUCUACUCUCACCUUAGCGCUUCCCUUAAUGGACUUCCAACAAUUCGAGCACUGGGGGCACAAAAAACCCUUAUUGCUGAAUUCGAUAAUCUUCAGGAUCUGCACAGCUCUAGUUUCUACACUUUCCUGUCUACCAGUCGAGCAUUUGGUUACUACGUGGACUUCUUUUGUUCAUUGUACACUAUCGUCAUUGUUAUCAACUACUUCAUCAAUCCACCCACAAAUCCUGGUGAGGUUGGGCUCACUAUUACGCAGGCCAUGAGUUUAGCUGGCAUGGUUCAGUUUGGAAUGACACAAUCCGCUGAAUUGGAUACUACUAUGACUGCAGUUGAGCGUAUCCUCGAGUACGAUGAAAUUGAACCAGAGGGCGAGUUCGAUUCCGCACCAGACAAGAAGCCUCCAGUAACAUGGCCAGAACAAGGCAAAAUUGUGGCCGACGAUCUGAGUCUGCGCUAUUUUCCGGAUCCUCAGUCGAAAUAUGUGCUCAAGUCCUUGAACUUCGAGAUCAAGCCCAUGGAAAAAGUGGGCAUUGUAGGACGCACUGGUGCUGGAAAAUCUUCACUUAUUAAUGCCCUCUUCCGACUCUCCUACAACGAUGGCGCCAUCGUCAUAGAUAGUCGGGAUACCAAUGAACUAGGAUUGCACGACCUGCGCAGCAAGAUCUCCAUUAUACCUCAGGAGCCAGUACUGUUUUCUGGAACCAUGCGUUACAAUCUCGAUCCGUUUGAGGAGUACACUGACGCUAAAGUUUGGGAUGCCCUAGAGGAGGUCAAAUUGAAACCAGUCAUCAGUGAACUUCCGAGUGGGUUACAGAGCACUAUUUCCGAGGGUGGCACCAAUUUCAGUGUGGGUCAGAGACAGCUGGUGUGUCUAGCACGGGCGAUUCUUCGCGAGAAUCGCAUUCUUGUAAUGGACGAGGCUACAGCCAAUGUGGAUCCACAGACAGAUGCCCUCAUCCAGGCCACGAUUAGAAACAAGUUCAGGGAGUGUACAGUGCUGACAAUAGCCCAUCGUUUGAACACGAUCAUGGAUUCUGACAAGGUCUUAGUCAUGGAUGCUGGCCAAUUGGUUGAGUUCGGUUCUCCCUAUGAGCUUUUGACUCAGUGUGACUCGAAAAUAUUCCACAGCAUGGUGAUGGAAACUGGCAAAAGCAGUUUCGACAGUCUUCUGAAGGUGGCGGAGAAGGCUCAUUUGGAAUCCCAGAAAUCAAAAACCGCUUAAUGGCAGGCAAUGUGUAAUCUGAAAGUUAAAUAAAUCUCGUGAAAUUUAUUAAGGUUGUUUUUGCUUUGCAUACACUAAAAUUAAUUUUCAAAACUUUUAAUUGACCAAGUGAAGAACUAAUUUAAGCCUGGCUCUGUCCUGGUUGUGAGAUAUGUACAUCAGUUUUCCAACUCAGCAUGGGCAGCAUAGUCAUGGGAAGAGCACUGAGGAACUGCUUGGGAACCCAAGAGAAGACGAUCAACAGAAUAGGGAGACCAUGCACAAUCAGCAGAUUCGACAAAGAGGCGCGAACACCGCUCCAGGAGCCACUGUUGCGCACAAAGAAGAAGAAGUAGAGGCACAUAGCAUCACAUAUAAGGAACAAGCAGAUAAAGAUGCCACGCACAUUCUGACGGGCCUUCGCGCAUAAUGCAUACAUGCUGGACAUGAUGAUGAUGUUGGGAAUAAAAAGUUUCAGCACAAUCAGUGAACCAAUUAAAGCUGGCGACAACUCUCUGACAAACACGCGAGCUGUAUCCGGAUCGAACGAGUUGAUGUGCGGCAGAUUGCCAGUGCCAAUAAGGGAGAAGUAUGUGUAGAAUAUUAUAAGUAGAGCGUAGCGAUAGCAGUUGAGUAUGUGUUGAACUGAGGUCAACGCCUUAGCGGGCUUGUCCGCUUCGUCGCCAUCACUAUCGUCCUCGUCGUCUUCCAACUGUUUGCUUUCAUCACGCACCUCUACUCCAAUAAGGAACUCUGUGCAGAGCACUUGUAUAAAUAUUGACUCAUAGGAGAGACACAAAAGCGUAUAGAUUGUGCUCAGGUUGAAUAGAAUGAGCUGAACGCGAGUUCGCGGAGAUCUUGCAUUGCUGUACGGAAUUGAGAUGAGGGCAAAUACCAAAUAGAUCCAGGCAGUGCCAUGUAGCCAUUGGCUUAUAGGCUUGUCACAUAAAAUACGUUGCACGACAUAACCUCCCAGCAAUAAAGCGGCGCUAUUGCUGAUCCAAACGCGCCAAGCAUGCGACUCUCCCAGCACCAGAGGACGCAGUACAGUGAACACCAUGCUAGUGAACAGCAAACACUUGCUAUGGUAACCCAGAUUGGGUCGCACCAAUGAAAAGCCAGCCAAGAGCAAGACCAGUAGAAUCCAUAGGGCAAACUUCAGAGUGGGUCUUGUGAAUGCACGCCAAUUGUUGAUACAUACCACAACGAAGUAGCCCAAGGUGGUCAGUUCUCGAUAGUGGAUUGUGGCGAUGAGCAAGGCAGCAGUGCACACAAUCCAAGCCAGCUGCAUGAGUGGCGCCUCUAUGCACUUGGUGUGGAGUCCACGCUCCCGCAACGCCAUUAUCCAAACCGGCAAUGGCACCAGCAGAUAAAAGCUGGUCCCGCAAGAUACUUUGUGCAGAUAGAGGAACAACGCGAGCACAAUCUCCAGCACAAAUAAUAUAAUUAUUGGUAAAUCGAGCCAAUCAUGCUUUGGUGCAUUCGAGGUGCGUGCCUGUUUGGCUACCAAAUAGUAGAGCCAGCCCAGAUACAUAACAAUGCACGCCACGGAUAAGGGAAUGCGAUAGUAGUUUCUAUAGGACUCCAAACAUUUGAGUGAAAGCCGAAUCAUUUCUUGACUGGUUUGAAUUGCUUCCCGCGCGUAGUUUAGCUUCAUUAAAUGUUGGAAUUGUUGUUUAUAGGUCUCCACACGAUGCUCUUCAAGACUCUCGAACAUUGGGAGCCAAUCGAUAAUACGAUCCCUCUGGUGAAGCUGCUGCAUACGAUUCACCUGCGCCAACAACUGCAACGCAUUUAGAUGCAGUGCAUGUGCCUCGUGCUUAGCGCCGACAUUGAUGUAACCCAAAGGCAAGGUGGCCAUAUUAUUAACUGGUGGAGGCAGUCCAAUGAGCGCUGACAUCAGCGGUGCCAUCUGCACUUGAUCCAGCUCGUGUAGUGGACGUCGCACACCAUGUUCGCCAAUCUUAAAGAAGUGUCCAGCAUUGGGCGCUGCACGUUUGACUCCAGC